AUGAUGCAUCAUUUAAAUACAACUCUGAUAUCAGCAUUUUUAGAGAGGUGGCAGCCAGACACGAAAACCUUCCACAUGCUAUUUGGAGAGAUGUCGAUUCUUCUCCACGACGUGCAUCACUUUCUUCGUAUUCCAUUUGAAGGGGGAUCUGAUGAGAGAUGA